GGGGUUUGGCGGCGGCAGUCGCGGCGGCGGAGGCGGCCCCGAGCUCGGGCUGCUGGGAUGGAGCAGAAGCGCGCCGGGCGCCGGAGGACAGGCAGCUGACGGAGCCGCGCGGCGCUCGCCUCGCUUCCCCUACCGCCGCCCGAGCCGCCCGGGUCGCCGGGCUCCCACCGCAGCCAGCGUGCCAGAGGAGGAGCUGCUCGCGCCCGGUGCGCUCGGUCAGUCCCGGCAAACUCUCCUGCCGCCCGCGCCGGGUUCGGCACCAAGCACUAGGGUACCAUGAUCUACAAGACUCUCUUCGCUCUCUGCGUCUUCACGGCAGGACUGAGGGUCCAGAGCGCGCCUACAUCAGCCCUCUUGCCUGUUUCUCUUCCGGCAAAGAGCACCCCACCAGCGAUUGUCUGGACCAGCUCUCCACAAAGCCCUCCUGCCUCCCCUACCAGUAGCACACCCAGCAACUCGGUCCUCCCAGAUACAGCAUCGGCCCACACAUCUCCAUCCCCCAAGAACGUCUCCGCGGAGCCCAGAGAAGAGGAACCCACCAGCCCAGCCUCCAACUGGGAGGGCACAGACACAAACGCCUCACCAACAAGCGGUGGGGUCCACUUAACACCCACCCCUGAGGAACACACUUCAGAAACUCCUGAGGCCAGCGUGCCGGCUACAGGGUCGCAGCUCCCCACUGAGUCUCUCACACUCACCUCCCCUCAAGCGCCAGCCUCAUCACCCACAGGCCCAUCCACCUCACCGCCAGAGGUUCCUUCUGCCUCCAUCAGCACCAGUCACAACUCCUCUGAGACCAGCACUGAGCCCACAGGAGCCCCAACCACAUCAGAGUCCCCAGCGGAAGAGCACAGCUCUAGCCACACACCCACUUCACAUGCUUCAGCCCAGCCAGUGCCCACGGAGACCACACCCCAAGCAACUGUGCCCCCCAAAGUGACCUGUGUGCUGAUAGAUAUGGAGACCACCACCACCUCCCCCGGGGUGAUCAUGCAGGAAGUGGAGCACGCGCUAAGUUCAGGCAGCAUCGCCGCCAUUACGGUAACAGUCAUUGCUGUGGUGUUGCUGGUGUUUGGAGUUGCAGCAUAUCUAAAGAUCAGGCAUUCCUCUUACGGACGGCUCUUGGAUGACCACGAUUACGGGUCCUGGGGAAACUACAACAACCCUCUCUACGACGACUCCUAACAAAGGAAGGUGGCCUGGGAUGAGGAAUGACUGUCUCUAUUUAUCAGCGCUUAUCCAGUAGAAUUAAUAACAAGUACCUGAUGCACAUUGAGCGACAAUCCUAAGCCCUGUUUUGUUGGUUUGGUUGUUUUGUUUUCCUCCCUCUCCUCUGGCUGCUACAACUUCCCCUUUCUGGUACCAAAAAAAGAAAAAGAAAGAAAAGAAAAUUAUUUAAAAGUGAGUGGAGUCUGAUAUGCAGCUGACAUGGGCCAAUCCUGAGCCGUCCAGGCGGGACGCCACGGUGGAGGUGUCUGUACCCAGAACAGGUCCCACCGAGAGAAGAACCAGGAAGAGGGAUGAAGUUGUGUCGUCAAGGGUUACUUUUAGGGGAACUUUCUGUGUGUGGUAUUUCUUAAACUUUUCUUUAGGAAAUUACAUUAAAUCUCCAUGAGGGGAAAGGCAAUGAGUGCUGGGAGGAGUUCGCCCUGCAGGUAAGGAAGCAGGGGUUUCUCAGAUUCCUUUUUAAUCUCGAUUUAUCUGGUUGUGUCUGACAGGAUGCCUGCUCGGCUCUGCGAGCUGGAUGCCAGCUCCUUAGCUGCCUAAUUAAGGAAAGAGGAACCUAGAAGGUGCCCUGGGGGAGGCCAGUAGGCCGAGGGGCAGAGUAGCAGGCUGCUGUCAGAUCUCAGCCUGCCUGCUACCUGUUCUCCCCUCCAGGCCACCUGUCUCUGCUAAGGACGCCUGUGCUAGUCAACCGCAGCUGGGACCCCCAGCCCACAAGCUCUCAGCAGAGUUGCGGUUCCAUAGGAGAAAGCUGUCAGAUGAGUUUAGUUGUAGAGGAGAAAGGGAGAGGCAUAUGGAGUGAGUGUACAGUGGGGGCCGUGGAGGAGGGUGGCAGGGAAGAGGGGGUAACGUGCAUGACAUACCUCAUUAGGGAAGGUAGGAUCAGCCCUCAAUAACUGUCAGAGACAUCCACUGCGUGGAGGAGCCUGUAGAAUCCUUGCUUUCUACCCACAAAGCAACAGGUUCACUGCCUUACUGUCUGCUGGAUAAUGGCUGCAAACUGGGGUUUUUUUUAAUUGUGUUUUUCUUUUUUUCUUUAAUUUUUUAAAGGCACUCGUUUGCCUGCAAUUGCUCAGUGAAGCUUUUCCAUACAGACUCCGUGAUUAAUCCAUUUAUUUUUCACUUUUCCCUUACUAAUUCUGCUGUUUAAUAAAUGAACACCCCUGGCUACACAGUUUUAAAAUCCUGCAUCAUGAUUUUUGAGAAAGAACGAAUCAUCUUUGCGGGCACCCAUUUCCAGCAGCGGUUCUCAACAGGGGAUAAUUUUGCUCCCCCUCCCCCACCCAGGGAACAUUUGAAAAUGCCUGGCGAUAUUGUGACACCACUGGUGUCACAAGUUAGGGGCACUACCACUGGGUAGAGGCCACAGAUGCACUAAACAUCCCACAAUGUACAGGACAGCCCACCCCAACGAAGAGUUACCUGGCCUCAAAGGUCAAUAGUGCUGAGUGUGAGAAACCCUAAUUUAUUGUGAUGCCCGUUGUGACAAAACAAGACACACCAGGUUUGUGAUAGUUUUUACUUUUAACUAAAUGAAAUGAUUUGCUAAAUUUUUAUCUUAAAAGUAUUUAGUUUGUUGGCUGGUGGGUUGUUUUUGCUAUGCAUGGUUGCCUUUUUAUUUCUGUGUGUUUUCUAGAUAGCUUUAUUUCAUGGCUCUAAACCUGUGCUCCUGAAACACCUGGUAUUAGCAACUGGCAUCUUAUGUCCUGAUCUCAUAGAAUACAAAAUAUACAUUGGGUUCUGUUUCAGAAUGUGUUAUAUUGUCCUAUGCUACCAUAAAGAACUUGAAACUGCAUCAUUUUUUAUUUCUAAACUUGGA